UGAGAGAUGAGAGGGCAAUAUUAUAUAAGUUAAUCCCCGCCCUUUAAUAGUAUUGAUGGAGUCAGAUUGCUUCAAUUACACACAUUUACACCUGACGGUCACAGCCAUGAGCCACCCUCGCCUCCCCUGCCCUCCUUCUGUAGGUUCCUAGGCAUAGCCAUAUAUUAUAAUCUCUCUCUCCUCCCUUUUCUCUCUCCUCCUCUCCCUCUCCUCCUCUUCAAAAACCGCCUAUCCAUUUCAUUCCCUGCCUGUCGUUUUUCCUACAUCAAGGCACUAGGGGAGAAAAGAAACUAUCCGUCUUUCUCUCUCUGUCCAUCUCUCUGCGUUUGUGUGUUUUUGUGUGAAAUGGGUAGGUUAGGCAUGGCUAUUUGCUGAAUCUAGAAUGACCCAUUUCAGAGUUCUCUAACCAGCGUCUGGGGGGAAGAUUUAUACAUAUCCAUUCCGUUUCACCGCGCGUUCAUCUUCUCCAUAGGGAAGAUAGUUGAGUGGUUUCGUAUUCGCUAUUAUUUCUCGCCCAAAUCUGAGCUUCUCUGGCAAAUCGGGGAAAACUAUUUGUUCGUGAAGAGUAAAAGGCGGGUUCUGCGCGCAGAACGGGAAGCUCUGUUUCCAUCAAAGUGGAUUUUGGAUUAGAACUGCCACUGCUGUCACAAAUCCGGUGAAAUAUGAUGCGUUGAUGGCAUUUUUGCGUUUAUAAAAUUGCACGAAAUCCUUCUGUGAUUAGAUGUCAGCGUUUUGCAAUGUCUGUUUUUGUUCCUGAGGCACUGUAACGUUAUACGGAUUCAGAGAUGAGAUUUCACAUCCAAUAAUGAUUUUGUUUCUAUUCAAGUUGUUAAGUUCCCGCAUUUUUAUGAUAUUGUCUCUUUUUAUUUUAUGGUGUUAUCUCUUUCUGUGUAUGCAUAUGAUUUGACAAUAUCCAAAAUGCCAUUUUUUGUUCUGUUGAAUAUUGUUUGGCAUUCAUUGCCUGAGAUUGAGGUUUUUUCUUUUAGGUUGUUUUUCUACAAUGCUUUUACGCAUACUAUGUCAACUUUAUUGUGUGAUGUUUUCCUCAAUUUCUUUCAUUUAGGUAUCUGAAUUUAACUUCAUUUUUAUGGCAUUGAAUUAGUUUUUACUACCCACCUAGUUUCUCUUGCAUUGAUCUAUGUUUGAUCUGGUUGAUAAGGGUGAAUUUCUAUAGUAUGAGCCCUUGCCUUUAGGAUUUAGGCUUCUUAUGAACCUGAAAUGUCUGAUGUUGGAUAGGCUUGGUUUAUAUGACUCCACGAGUUCUGCAAGUGAGCCAUUUCAUUUGAGCGAUGUUCUGAUAAUUUUGCAACCAAAUCUUGUGGUCAGGUUUUCUUGAACUCUCUUAAUCAUGGAGGGGGAAUCUUCAUGGAUCAGCCACUGCGUUAAUAACCCUGCAAAAGAUAUUAUUAUUGGGGAGUUUGAUUCAUUCUCAGACAUUGGUGAUGACGGCAAUAAAGAUGGUGAUAAAGUUUCUUUGGAUUUAAUCCUGCCUGAUGAGUUGUUGGAACGAAUCCUGGCAUGUCUUCCCAUUGCUAGCAUUUUUAGGGCAGGUUCUGUCUGCAAAAGAUGGCACGAGAUAGUUAGUUCAAGAAGGUUUUUAUGGAAUUUACCCUUGUCACAAAAGCCUUGGUAUUUUAUGUUUACGUGUUCCGAUGAACCAAUUGGUUAUGCUUAUGAUCCUGUCCUUCGGAAGUGGUACAACAUUGAACUUCCCUGCAUUGAUAAGUCCAACUGGUUCAUUGCUUCAUCCUGUGGCUUGGUGUGCUUCAUGGACAAUGAUAGUCGAAGUGACUUAUAUGUCUGUAAUCCAAUCACCAAGUGCUGCAAGAGGCUUGAGGAACCACCAGGUUUGAAAUUCUCUGAUUACAGUGCACUUGCAAUUUCAGCAAACAGAAAGUCGCACCGUUAUAAUUUAUCAGUCGUGAAAUCUAAGCAAGUACCAGGAGAUUUUUUCCAGUGGGAUCUUUCAAUUCAUAUAUACGAUUCAGAAACAAUGAUGUGGGUUACCUCUUUGACAGAGGUUUUGAGUGGGUGGAGAGGUGGUGAUGAGAGUGUGAUCUGUGAUGGGGUUUUGUACUUCUUGAUUUACUCUACUGCUGUAGGGAUGCCAGAGCAUCGUCAUGGCCUAAUCACGUAUAAUCUCUCAAGUCGGGUGCCCCAUGGUAUGCUGAUUAGGAGUUUUAUCCCUGUACCAUGCCUUCUUACUUGCGGUCGUUUAAUGAAUCUCAAGGAGAAGCUGGUAUUGGUGGGGGGGAUUGGGAAACCGGAUCGACCAGACAUAAUCAAGGGGAUUGGCAUCUGGGUUCUCAAAGGGAAGGAGUGGCAAGAGAUUGCCCGCAUGCCGCACAAGUUUUUUCAAGGAUUUGGAGAGUUUGAUGAUGUUUUUGCCAGCAGCGGUUCAGAUGAUCUCAUUUACAUUCAGAGUUAUGGAGCUCCAGCCCUUCUUGUUUUUGACAUGAGCCAGAGACUAUGGAAAUGGUCACAAAAGUGCCCUGUGAUGAAGAGGUUUCCGCUUCAGCUUUUUACUGGUUUUUCUUUUGAACCGAAACUUGAAAUUGUACCAUGAGUUGGUUUUUCAGUUGUGUUACUGAAAAAUUUGUCUGAUAUUCUAUUCCCCCUUUCAAUUCAGCGGCCUGUGAACUUUUGAAGCUGUCCACGGCGCUUCUGGGCUAAUAGGUUUCAUGUUAAGCGAUAUCUUUUCUUUCUUUUUUUUCCCUAUUUUUUGGCUCUUAGUUUCAGUUAUGAGUGUUCCAGGAAGAAAAUGUAACAGUGGAUAAUGCUUCUUGCUUCUUUGGAGAUAAUGGAAAUAUUAUUCUUUACAUCCA